AUGGGGACCCAAGUGGGAAAUAAUCCCGGAAUUGUCAAUGUUCACCACCAUCCAGCCCCACCAGAAACCCCGCCAGAGCCCUGUUCCACCGUCCCAUUCGGCCGUGAUCCCGACUUUGUUCCUCGCGGCUCAAUUCUCGAGGAUAUCGAAGAUAGGUGCUCUUCAUCAACCACGUUAAUCGCCCUUGUUGGUCUUGGUGGGGUUGGAAAAUCGCAGUUGGCCAUUGAAUACAGCUAUCGAUUUUUUGAAAAGUCCGCGGACACGUGGGCUUUCUGGAUUCACGCCAAUAAUGCUGCUCGUCUUGAGCUGAGCUACUGGGAUAUUGCCAACCGUCUCAAAAUUCCUGGGCGCAAGGAUUCCCAAGCGAGCGUGUUUCAGCUUGUGACGGAUUGGCUUCACGAGGCAAAACGGGGCAAAUGGGUGUUGAUACUCGACAACCUCGACGAUGAGGGACUUCUUCGCGAGCCUUUACAGGCCCACGGCAAAAACACGGCCUUGCGCAAACCCUUCCAAGAAUUUCUUCCCAGAUGUCCCCAUGGCACAAUUAUUUUGACUACACGCAACAGACAGGUCGCCCGCAUGGUGGCCAAUGAGCGUGAUAUCUUUCCCGUGGAGCCAAUGGAUGAAUUGUCUGCAGUUGCCCUAGUGAAAAAGAAACUCCCCACCGAACCAGCCGAAGAUGAUAUCAAGAAACUUGUGAAAACACUUGAGUUUAUGCCUCUCGCAAUCGUCCAAGCCAUUUCUUACAUCAGGAACCAAGGCCAAUUCUUCACAGUGCCACGUUAUCUCAAGCUAUUUCGAAAGGACUAUCGGGUUCUAGAUGAUGAGGCCGGCAAUCCCCAGCGCGAUGGAUAUGCUAGUAAAUCAACAUUGGUGACCUGGCGAAUCUCUUUCGACUAUAUCCUACAGAUUCGCCCAUCUGCAGCCGAUUUACUUUCCUUGAUGAGCUUCUUCGAUCGACAAGGUAUUCCAAAAACGUUACUCCAAGACAAUUCCCGCUCCAACUCAGACACUACCGAGCAAUCAGACAGUGACACCGAGAGCAGCGAAUCUGGACCCGAUGAUGACCUUGACUUCAACAAAGAUAUCUUGGUACUGAAGGACUUUUCAUUCAUCUCAAUCAAUCAGAAUCCAGAAACCCUUGAGAUGCACGGGCUGGUACAACUCGCUCUGAGGAACUGGUUGGAGAUUCAGGGGAAGACUGAGGACUUGAACGCGAAAUUCAUCAUAAUUCUCUAUUCUGCACUCCCUGGGGAUAGAAUCUCUGGCUUGGGAAAGUGGAGGCAGCUAUUUCCACAUGUGAAGUCAGCGAUGUCACAACGUCCAGGCUCAAGAGUGGCUCUCCUCAAUUGGGCUUUAUUGCUUCACGAUGCAGCCGAAUACGCCCAAGGAGAUGGCAAAUAUGCAGACAUGAAACGAUUGGCUUCUAAAUCGAAAUCUGAAAGAGAGACCUUGCUGGGACCAGAUGAUGUACGCACUCUAUGGAGCUCCAGAAUAUUUUGUCACGCAUAUUAUUUUCAGGGGCGAUGGCAAGAAGCUGAAGCACUACAAACUCAAUUGGUCAAGAAAGUCCAACGGGUACUUGAAGGUGAUGACAAACAGAUAGCAAUCGCCGUCAUGCAUGAUCUUGGUCAGACUUAUGCAAGACAGGAACGAUGGCAAGACGCUGAAAAACUUCAACUUCAAGUCGUCGAGAAAAGCAAACAGCUCCUUGGAGAAGAUAGUCACGAUACAAUUGCCAAUAUAGGUAAUCUGGCGACGACAUACCAGCAUCAAGGAAAACUUCAGCUCGCCGUAGAGCUGCUGCUGGAAUUGCUUCAAAGGUGCAAGCGAGUCCUUGGUGAAGAGCACCCCACCACAAGUGCCUGUAAAUAUAACCUGGCAACGACGUAUAUGAAGCAAGGCCGUUUUCAUGAUGCCGAAUCCCUGCUUACGCAAGCUCUGGAGGCCUAUAAAAAUCUAUUUGGUAACGAACAUCCUGAUUUCUCAAUCAUGAUGGGCGGCCUGGCAUCCAUUUAUCAGGAGCAUCAACGAUGGGGCGAGGCUGAAGAGUUAUAUUUGCAGGUGCUUGCGAUUCAAAGACAAGUUCUUGGAGGAGAGCAUCCAGCCACGCUCAGAACAUUGAAUGCUCUUGGAAUGAUGUACCAAACCCUUGGGCGAUUCUCAGAAUCCGAGGUCCUUCAUCUGCAGGUGAUCGAGAUUCAGAAACGGGUGUUUGGAGAACAGCACCGCGACACACUUGUUUUUCAGAGUAAUCUAGCACUGGCAUACAGAAGACAGGGCUUGUUGAAGGAUGCAGAGGAACUCCAGAUCCGAAUUCUUGAGAAAGGCAAAGAGUUACUUGGAGAAGAGCACCCCCUCACAAUGAAAUUCCUGAAUAACCUCGCUGAGACCUACCAACUCCAAGGUCGAUUGCAAGAUAUAUUCAAUGUCUGGGAAAAAGGCUCAACUGUUCACAUGCCAUCAUUGACUCGCAUACCAAUUCCACAUGAUUCCGGGGAUCAGAGGCCUGACAACAUAUAUCACCCGACGCAGCCGAGGGACAUCUUUGAGGCGUUCAGCAUUCUACGCCAAUGUGGUCAAGGGAGACUGCCCCGUUUCAUAAUCUUACAAAUCUUGGAACUCGCUAGGUAUUGGAUUCUCCACAAGGCAUGGAGAAAGGGUACUUUAUGUGUUACUGAAGACGACUGUCGCGAGCGAGCCCCAUAUCUAGCUACCGAGCUUGUUCCUGGCUUAAAGUACCCCGUCCAGGAAAUUGUCUUUCGAAUUUGCUGCCAUGAUCAAGGUUGGAGCUCUGAUCCUGAAAACCAUGGUACUUUCAACGGCUCGUUUACCUGGUUCGAACUUGAUAUAGAACGUCCUUCAGAUCCAGGUUAUGGUGGACAUCCAAGACACCAGUGCCUUCUUCGGAAUCUGCAUGCUUGUUCGCAAGUUGCAUGCUACACCGUGCAUUUCAAUCAGUCAACUGACUGGGUGAGAAAUCUUCAAGUCGGCGACCGAAUUUCAAUCAUUCCGAUGGCUCGCUAUCCGGGGUGGAUGAAUUUCGUCAAACAAGCAUCCAUUGAAGUGUACACUACUUGUCUUUCGGCUUCAGGCGGAUAA